AUGACUAAAGUUUGUUCAAGAUGGGUGCCAUAUUUACUAACAUCUGAUCAAAGGCAUGAACGUGUUCAAGCGUGUGAAGAACUUUGGGCUCCCUAUUCAAUUGAAGACAACGACUUUCUUUUUCGAAUUAUAACUGGUGAUGAGUCAUGGAUGUAUUUUUAUCAACCUGAAUCAAAACAAUCAUCAAAGCAAUGGACACGAGCUGAUUCACCACCACCAACAAAACUCAAACAAGAAAUGUCAGCUAAUAAAGUUUUAUAUUCAUUUUUCUGGUAUCACAAAGGAAUAAUUCUCAAGAAACCUACACCAGCGGGUGUAACAAUUACGAAGACAUAUUAUGCUAAUAUUUUGGAAAAUGAACUUCAUCCAGAAGUUAAAAAACAACGGCGAGGCUUAAUUUCAACUGGUGUUAUCCUUCAAUAUGACAAUGCACCGGCACACACGUCACAUCUUGUUUUUUCUACUAUUCAUAAAUUAAAAUAUGAAUUGUUUCGUCAUGCAUCUUAUUCUCCAGAUCUGGCCAACACUGAUUAUUUUCUGUUUCCUGUUUUAAAAGAUCAUCUCAAAGAAAGACACUACAAUGAUUGA